AUGGAGCACGACAUCCUUGAAUUGUGGGAAACCACAGGUGCGUUUGCACGCUCUUUAGAAAACACCAAAGAUAAAAAGCCUUAUAUCUUUUAUGACGGCCCACCCUUUGCAACCGGGUUGCCGCACCAUGGUCACCUCGUGGCCAGCACGAUUAAAGACAUUGUGCCGCGCUACUGGACCAUGAAUGGCCGUUAUGUGCAGCGGCGUUUUGGCUGGGACUGUCACGGUCUACCGAUCGAACACGAAAUUGAUAAGCAGCUCAACAUGUCCGCAGCCCAGGCGGUGGAAAAGCUGGGUGUUGCCGGCUACAACAAUGAGUGCCGUGCAAUUGUGCAGCGCUAUGUGGCGGAGUGGCGCCAUACCAUUACCCGGCUCGGGCGUUGGAUUGAUUUUGAUGAUGACUACAAAACCAUGGACGCCUGGUAUAUGGAAUCCGUGUGGUGGGUCUUCAAGCAGCUGUGGGAUAAAGGCCUGAUUUAUCAGGGUGUGAAGGUGAUGCCUAUUUCCACCGCCCUGGGUACGCCACUGUCGAACUUUGAGGCGACCUCCAAUUACAUGGAUGUGCAGGAUCCGGCGGUCACCGUGCUGUUCAAAAUCAAGGGGCAGGAUCGUUAUCUUGCAGCCUGGACAACCACCCCCUGGACCCUGCCUUCCAACCUCGCUCUGUGUGUAGGUGAUGAUAUUGAUUAUGUGCUGGCGCGCGAUCCGGAAACCGGCCAGGAGAUAUACCUGGCAGCCGAGCGUCUGCCGCACUAUGGCGAAAUGGAAAUCCUCGAGCAGGUGCAAGGUAAAGACCUGGUGGGUUUGGGCUAUGAGCCGCUGUUUCCAUACUUUGCCGGGCUGGGGGACGACGGCGCUUUUGUGGUGGUGAGUGACGAUUACGUCACUGCGGACAGCGGUACCGGCAUUGUGCAUCAGGCGCCAGCGUUUGGUGAAGACGACUACCGGGUUGCACGGGCGCAUGACAUUGAAGCGUUUGUCUGUCCGGUGACGCUCUCCGGCGAGUUCACCGAUGAAGUGUCGGAUUUUGCCGGCCAGCAUGUUAAAGAAGCAGAUAAAGACAUUAUCAAAUACCUCAAAGACAGUGGCAUGCUCUAUCGUCAGGAGGUGAUUCAGCACAGCUAUCCUUACUGCUAUCGUUCCGACACGCCGCUGAUCUACCGCGCUAUUCCUUCCUGGUAUGUUGCUGUCACUUCUAUCAGUGACAAGUUGCUCAAGGCCAACCAACAGAUCCGCUGGGUGCCGGAGCACAUAAAAGACGGGCGCUUUGGAAACUGGCUGGAAGGCGCUAUAGACUGGUCUGUCUCGCGUAAUCGUGUGUGGGGUACGCCGCUACCCAUCUGGAUCAACGACGUCACUGGUAAUGCCGUGUGUAUGGGUUCGAUUGAAGAGCUUGCACAGUAUAGUGGUGUGACGGUGGACGACCUGCAUCGCGAAUUUGUGGAUCCGCUGACCUUUCAGCUGGAUGGCGAGGAAGGCACCUAUCGCCGCAUAGAAGAAGUGUUGGAUUGCUGGUUUGAAUCGGGCUCCAUGCCUUAUGCGCAGCUGCAUUACCCUUUUGAAAAUGAGAACAUGUUUGCAGCGGGCUUCCCCGCAGAAUUUAUUGCUGAAGGACUGGAUCAGACCCGUGGCUGGUUCUAUACAUUGACCGUGCUGGCGGCUGCAAUUUAUGACAAGCCGGCGUUCCGUAACGUCAUUGUUAACGGCAUGGUCAUGGCCGAAGACGGCAAGAAGAUGUCGAAGCGGCUGCGUAAUUACACGCCGCCAGAUGAGUUGAUGGAAAAAUACGGCGCUGACGCGCUGCGCCUGUAUCUGAUUAACUCAGGGCUGGUGCGAGGUGAAGAGCAGCGGUUUGCAGAUUCCGGCGUGCGCGAUAUGACCCGGCGAGCGCUGUUGCCCUGGUACAACGCGUUUUCUUUUCUGCAGACCUAUGCGGCCAUUGAUAACUGGGCGCCGGAUAAAGGCAUGCACUUUGGCGACAAUGUGUUGGACCAGUGGUUAAUGUCACGGCUGCAGACUUUGAAGUUGAACAUCGCGACGCAGAUGGAAUCCUACCGACUUUAUAAUGUUGUCCCCGAAUUGUUCGCCUUCAUUGAAGACCUCACCAACUGGUACAUCCGUCUCAAUCGUGCCCGGUUCUGGGGUGAACAGGUAACUGCAGAUAAAAUCUCAGCCUACAGUACCUUGUACACAGUGCUGAUGGAGUUAUCGCUGGUGAUGGCGCCAUUUACACCCUUCCUGUCAGAGUACCUCUAUCGUGCAUUGUCAGGACUGACCGGCAAGAACCCGCAGCCGCAUUCUGUACAUCUUUGCGAUUAUCCGAAGGCCGAAGAAAGCUUUGUGAAGCCCGGUCUGGAAACAGCGGUUGAUCGUAUGCAGCAGGUUAUCCUGUUAGGCAGACAGAAACGCGAAGAUGUGAAAAUUGGUUUGCGCACACCUUUGUCGAAACUCAUUGUGGUGCAUCGUGAUCAGAACCUGUUGCAGGAGAUGGGUGCGCUGGAGGGUUACAUUGCGGACGAGUUGAAUAUUCGGGAAGUCGAAUACUCAUCAGAUGAGUCUGCUUUCAUUGAGCUGGUGGCUAAACCGAAUUUUCCUCUACUGGGUAAGCGUCUGGGUAAGCAAAUGAAGACCUACCAGCAGGCCAUCAAUGCAAUGGAUGCUGAUGCAAUAGCUGCGCUGCAGGCUUCCGGAAGUGUAACCCUGUUGGGUGAAACCUUUGAUCUGCAGGAGAUACAGGUGCUGCAGCAGGCGCGCGAAGGUACAAAUACGGUAUCUAAUAGCCGCAUUGCUGUAGAUAUUGAUUGUGAGCUGACACCCGAGUUGGUGCGCGGCGGCUAUGCGCGGGAAAUGGUGAAUCGGAUUCAGCGGGCACGAAAGGAGCAGGGCUUCCAGGUCAGCGAUCGUAUCGAUGUGCGUUACCACGCCCAGGAAGAUUUGCUGUUGGCAGCGAGCGAGCACCAGGCGUACAUUAUGGCUGAAACACUGGCGCUGACUUCUGUUGCGCAGGCUGGUUUGAGGUACUUGUUUAGUCCACCCAACAAAGAUUCAAGAGUGGAUCAUAUGGGUACCUAUACGCGCUCCUUGCCGGUUUCGCUGGAUCGUAUGUAUGAAAACGCGCUGGACUGGGAGCACCUGCCUCAUCUGCAUGACUCAAGUUUCACAGACAUUGAGUGUCUGGAUGCAGGUGGCUGGGGUUGGCGCGCUCGGGUGAAAGAUCCCCGCGGCCGCGAAAGUUUGCUGGAACUGCGACUGGAUCGAGACUGUCGGCGCUGGAUUACCCGCAAUAUUGAAGGCCCCAGUCAGGGUGCGGAGAUCUGGACCCAUGUGUUUGUCACCGCACCUCAUCAACUUGAUCUGGUCAUCGAUUUUUUUGUGCCUGGAGUGGAACCUGAGGCAAGGGAAAAAGUAGGGCGUGCUUACGCUACUGCAUAUGAGCGUCUGUAUGACGAAGACGUGGAAAUGAUGACCGAGCGCCAGCGCCAGCUGGAUAUGCGUGUGGACGGCCCGCGUGUGGCAGACACAUUAUCCAUACCGCUGCCUGACGACGCGCAAUUGCCUUUGCCUGUGAGCUUAUCUCAGCGUGAUUUUCUGGUUAAUCGAACCGGCGGGCAGUGGGUUGUUUACCCGGCGGCCUGUCCUCAUCAGAUGGGCCCGCUUGCCUCAGAACUCAGCCCUGCAGGUGAAGUUCGCUGUCCCUGGCAUGGCUAUACGUUCAGUGUGCACACCGGCGAGUGUACCAGCGGCGCAAGUUGUCGUUUUGGCCGGGUGCCCAACCUCUCGGUAGGGGCUGAGGUGGUCGAUCAGCUUGAAAAUCAGGAUGCCGUGGCACAAGCCACGCUGCGACAGGUCCGCAAAAAUGCCGCUGAGGCGAAAGUCAGACUUGCGGCGCUGGCCCGGGAUCGGGACGAACUCGCGGCGAAACUCGAGAGCCUGCAACAAGUAGCCCGGCGCUGGGCUGAACGUGCGGCGAAAAUCGGUCACGAAGAUGAAGGUAAAGCGCUGGAGUGUCUGCGGCGCCGGCGUCACGCUCAAACCCAGAUCUCUCAGACCGAAACUGUUUUGGCAGAGUACGACGCUCGAGUUCAGCAGCUGGGUGCCAGUGUUGCGCAGAUGGAUGAGCGGCUGCUGUCUCUGACACAGAAACGCGACGUAUUGCGCACGCGCGAUGCGGUCAGCAAUGCGCAGGGUGCUUUACGUCGCCUUCAGGAUCAGGACUGUGAUGGACUUGAUGCGGUCUACGCGCGUUGGGAAGCUCGCCUUCUGGCGGAUGAAUACAUCACCCCGGUGGUUGCGCCAACAGAUGAUUUUGAGCGCGGCCUGAAUGAUGAAGAGGAGCAGUUGACGUCCCUUGCGGGCGUCCUGCGAACAUUGGGUGCGCUCGUGGUCGUUGCGGGUUUGUGCUCGCAUCUGCUUGAAGGCUGGAGCGCCUGGGGUGACCUGAGUCGAUUGUAUGUUCUGCUGGCUGUCACAGGCGCGUUUGCCUUCACUGGUUUUGCGAUCAGUGCGCAGCUGCGAGAGCAGAAAGGUGCCCGUGUCUUUGUCAGUCUUGGUCUGGUGGCGGUGGUGGCCAGUUUGACAACCUUAGGCGGUUUGUUGGAAGAAAUUAUUUCCUUCUCCGGGUCGCAGCCUGGCGGCGGAUGGUGGGUUGAUACGGUUGCUCUGCAGUCUUACACGCCUGGCCAAUUAGGGAUGAUGUUCAGCAUAGUGCUGCUCACCCUUGCCCCCGUUACCUGGAUGGCCUAUCGGGUGCUUGCUCGCGCCCGGGCCAGGCAAUUGUCUUUGCUGUUUGCGUUCAGCAGUCUGUUGAUCUGCCUGCCUGCACGAGAGUCAUGGCCGCUGGGGCUGACCAUUCUCAUCAGUCUGGUGCUGCCAUGUUAUUACACUAUCCGGGCGCUUAGGAGCCAUAUUGUCUUUGCAACAUCGGAAGGUCGAUUUGCGCUGUUGAGUUUGUUUUUUCCAGCGAUUGUCAUGCUGGCUCGGUUGUUCUGGCUUUAUGAAGCGGACGUUCUGUUGUCCUGGAUGUUGCUGAGCAUAAGUUUUGUGGGUAUCCACCUGCUGCGGCUGCAGGACUUGUCGAAAUCGUUUUAUCGGCCGCUUUUAAGUGUCGCCGGCCUUGCUGUUUUUACGGGCGUGGGAAUGGCGACACUGUCGCUGCUUGAUCCUUUGCUUGCUGAUGAGCUGAUACUGUCCCUUGGCGGCUUGCUGAUCGGUUUUGCAUUGUUCUGGAGCGGUAGCGUCCAUCCCAGAGUGAAAUCUGGUUUUGAGGUGCUGGCCGGUCUCUGUGUAGCCAUUGCCGUGAUUGUGAAUCUACUGUUCAGUGAUGCCUGGCUCGCCGCUGGCGCGGGCGUGUUUGCAGGACUGUUUGUGGGUCUAUGUGGACGGCAGUUGAUCAACCCGCCGGUAAUUGUGAUUGGCGCUGGAAUGAUGCUGGCAUCGGUUUUAGCACAGUUGCCCGAGUUAGGUCGUUACAUUGACUUUACGCAUUGGAUUACCCUUGGGGUGUUGGGCAUGUCUCUGCUCGGCGUCGCCGUGUAUGUUGAGAAGCGACAGAACAUAUCUGUGGACACCAGUCCUGACGAUGUGCUUUAG